UUUCCAUCCAAGCCUCUCUCUUACGUUUCAUAGUUCUGUCAAAGAUUGUCAACUUUAAUGGAGUUUCAUCUACUUCUCCUCUCCAUCUUCACAGUGCUUUCUCUGACACAUGUGGCAAGCCAUGCAGCUCUGUCUCCCCAAGCUUACUGGCACUUGGUGUUGCCAAACACUCCCAUGCCCAAGGCUGUCAAGAAUCUUCUACCACAGGAAGCCAACGUGCGCAGAGGGGAUAAGGAUGCAUCAGGGAUUCAAUAUUUUGCGGAAGCCAACGUGCGCAGAGGGGAUAAGGAUGCAUCAGGGAUUCAGUAUUUUGAGGGUGACGAUCAUCAACUACAUUAUAAAUAA